GAAAAAUGCAAUUUCACAACUUGCCAUCGAGUGGAAAACUCAACUGAAUAUCAUGACCCACCGGUGCCUGCCGACGACGCCGAGGGAUUAACUGAGUUGGUGCAGCAAAAUCCAGUCCAUUCGCUAAGGGUCACUAAACACCCCGAAAUCCGAGACUUCCGAGUGGCCCACAGAAACCGCAGAUAGUAUUGCCUCCAUUUGUUUGCAUUACGGCACGGCGGGAUCAGGGGAAUCCCCGUCCGGGUGAUAUGGCCAUGCACUCGUACAUGCGCCAGGGAUCGGGAUCGGGUGCUGGAGCUGGCGCCGUAGCAGCUGGAGCACCUCCGCUGGCCAGUCCUGAUGAGGUGCACGGCUUCCUAAAGGACAAGCAGGCGUGGGAGCAUGCCAUCUCCCUGUACCAGGGUUUGGAUCCUCUCGAUCAUUGGUACAACUAUAUCUGUUGGUACGAGAACCACGCGCACAGCGAUCCUGAGAUCAAGUACCGUGAGACCCUCGAACGCUGUCUAACGGUGUACGAGCACAAUGACUCCUAUCGUCAGGAUCCCCGUUUGGUGCAGCUGUGGCUAAAGUACAUAGCCAUGCAGACUGAUCCGUUGCACUUCUACCAGGUACUCUUCCAGAGAGGCACAGGCCGUCAGGUUGCCGCCUUCUACAUUGGAUGGGCUGCCUACUACGAGUCGCGCGAGGAGUUCAAGGACGCGGAAGCGGUUUUUAACUUGGCCUUCCAGGAGAAGGCUCAAUGCACUUCCGAACUGCAGCACGCCCACUCCAAGUUCACCUAUGCCAGAUCGCUAUAUCAUCAGCGACAACAGCAGCAGAUGCAGCAGCAGCAACAACAACAACAACAACAUCCCCCGCCCGAUGCACUGCAGCAACUCACGAACUAUGCACAGCAACAGAUGCCGCAGAGCUAUCCACAACACCGUCCCCAGCCAUAUCAGCAGAAUGUCUAUCAGCAAUAUCAUCCGCAGACGCAGCCACAUCAAGUUGCACAGACCCAUCAGCCGGCGGCACACCAACAUCAGCCGCAAGAACAACAGCUUGCUUAUCAGGCGCACUACCAGGAGCAGCCACGCUAUGAGCCACAUCCUGCAACUCCACCCGCAGCAACAAUACCAACAGCCCAUGUCCAACAACAACAACAACCGCAAUAUGCUCCUGCGGCAGAGCCACAUUUUGCACCAGCCCAACAACAACAACUGCCGCCACAACAGCCUACAGCACCGCAGCAACAUGCGCAGCAACCCCAGCAGCAGCAACACAAUAGCAAUGGCAAUGUUAAUCCGGCGUCUCAACCGAAUCCACCCGUAGCAAGCGAAGUGGCUGGUCUGCGUUUGCCGCGCAAUUUCUACUCUUACGGACGCAACAAUCAUGAGACCUGGAAGCCAGCUUUGACGCUCGAGGAACCAGAUGAUCCUUCGCGGGUUUGCCACUAUGCCAAGCAGUUGGUAUAUCCACCGGGAGCAGGCAUCGAGUAUAGUCCGGAGGAGAUACUAGCCCGUAAGUUCAAGCAGUUGAUGGAGCAGAAGGCAAAUCCAGCGGAGCCGCCGGAGCAGCAACAGCAAACUCUUUAUGAUUCCUACGAGUCGCAGACAUCCUACUAUAUGACUGCUGUGGAUGGAGCUCUUUACGGGCAGAACAAUAGCAGUGGUCAGGAGAAUACAGGCGAGGAAGAUGAGGAUAAUGAGGCGGAAGAAGGUGAAGAGGAUGAGGAAGCAGGAGGUGAUAAUGAGGAUGAUGAGUCUGAUGAAGAAGAGGAAGAUGAAGAGGAGGAAGAGCCAGGCGAACACUUCACCAAUGGAGUGCAAUUCACUGCGCAAACGACUUUCGAGCAGGAAAACCGCUCAAUUAAAAUAAAAUUCAGGAAGGAGCCUAGCAGCACCUAUAGUGCCUAUACCAUAGAAAACGUUUACCAACAACAACAGCAACAGCAGAGACAUCAUGAAAUAAUCCAGCAGCCACCGCAGGUCAUUCAUCAUCCUCCGCCGGAACCUGCGCCCGCUUCACCGAUUCCCAUGCAGCGUCAACGCAACGGUGGCCAUCACCAUUUCCAUCCCUAUAUGCUGGGCCAGACCUCGACACCUAAGAGCGAAGCGAACGGCUACCGCAGGAUACGGACCAAAGGCAAACGCAGCAAGUUCCAUCCAGAACUCUGCAGCAACAGUAAUUCGGCUUCAUCGUCGACUGAUGUGGCCCCUGCCAGCUCGAGUAGUGUGCCUGCUGGUGCACCUGGAGCCUUCAAUGACAAUGCAAACUUUUCAUUCUCCAGCGCCACCGGUCUGGAUAACUCAAAUAGUUCACUGGCUUUGGCCGUGGAUAGACUUAACUUCCGCGACACAUCGCAACAGCAUCCGCUCCAUCCGGUCAAUAAGACCCUCCAAACGCACAACAACAACAAUAACACCAGCAACAAUAAUAAUGGCAACAGUACACUGGCCGACUUCUCCACUUUCCAGGAGAACUCGUACUUUGCCACCCAACACGAUACGGAAGCUCAGGAGCGUCGCCUUUCGAAGGCUGUGGAAACGAUUGCUCGCCAUUUGGCCAAGGAAGCCAUCGAUCCGUUUAACAGCGAACUGUGCCGUGCCUUCCUCGCUAAGUUGGACUUUCCGGGCGAUCACGAUGCCCAUGCGAGCUACAAGAUUGUGCAAACGCCACUGCCAAAAAUAUCCAACACUCGUACGCUGAACGUUCUCGAAGGCGUUACCUUCAACAUAGACAAAGAGGUGGGUCGCGGAUCCUACGGCUCGGUGUAUAAGGCCACCGAUUCGCGUACAGGCAAUGUGGUGGCCCUGAAGUAUCAAAAGCCCCCAAACACCUGGGAGAUUUAUAUAUGUGAUCAGGUGCUAAAACGCAUCAAGGAGCCGGAGGUGUUGCCCGGACUGAUGGACAUUUCCACGGCGAUUAUCGCCCCAAAUGCUAGCCUAAUAGCCACCGAGUUCUCACCAUUUGGAUCGCUGCUGGACAUCAACAACAAGAUACGCCAGGCCACCACCAAAGUGAUGCACGAAUCGCUGGUGAUGCAUUUCUCGGCGCAGAUCUGCAACAUCGUCGACCACCUGCAUAAACAGCACAUCAUCCAUGCGGACAUUAAGCCGGACAACUUCCUGCUGAUGCGUGUCCCCAAUUUGGAUAGUGCGCUGCCAUCGCUGCGGCUGAUUGACUUUGGGUGCGCCAUCGAUAUGACUCUGUUUCCGGAUGCAGAGCGUACCAAGUUCCGUAAGGUUGUGCAAACGGAUGGCUUCACGUGUAUCGAGAUGCAGGAGGGACGCAGCUGGUCCUACGAAACGGAUCUUUUCUGCAUUGCAGCCACUGUUCAUGUGAUGCUCUUCGGUGACUAUAUGCAGCCGCAGAAGAAAGGCUCCAGCUGGGAGAUUCGACAGAAGCUGCCGCGCUACCUCAAAAAACAUGUGUGGACCAAGUUCUUUGGCGAACUGCUCAACAUGGAAGCAGACAAACUUCCCGCUCUGCAGGAGAUGCGUUUAAUCUUCGAGGAGGAGGCUUACCGUAUGGACUCCGAGUUGCAGAAGCAGAUACGUGCUUUGUCCAACAUUCUUCAUCGACGAUAACCAACCUAUUCCUAUUGCUUUUUAUGAAAUCUUUUUUACAAUUCUGUUGACCAAGUCACUCAAUACUUUGUUUGAGCUUUCAAUCUAGCAUCAUUUCCACUUCUUAGAGAAAAUGAAAUGAAAAUUUCAUACAGCUUGGUUAAGUUCAUUUGCCCCAUUCGGCCACAAAAAAAACGUUUAAAUUUAGUUUAGUUAUCUGACAAACGGACAUUUCUUUUCGCUUAACUUAAAUAUUUAAUCUUUCUAUCUACUCUAUUUAUUGUUUCGAUGCCAAAAAGAAAAACUGAGAAAAACAGGAAAGCGGAUGAAAAACAAGAGCAUAAAGUACGCUAUGAAAUUCAAAAUCUUUGUAAAUAUUAGGCACAGACUCGAUCAAAACUAAAAUUUGCGAAAUGAGUUUGUGAAAAAAAAACUAAAACAAAAAUUAAAUUUAAAAACCCUGGAUUUAAAAUGUAAUUUUUUUAUGUACAGCACAGGACAAACAGUAAAUAUUGAAGGCAAUGUAAAAAUGAAACGUACAUAUGUUUAAGAUUGAAGCUUGCUGUACUAUUAAGUAAUAUAUAAAGAUCUUUAAAGGAUAGAAAAUAAAUUGACGAAAUGUUAACGCAAAAAAACAAAUAACAAAAAACUAUAAAAAUCGAAUUG